AUGAAUAAAACAUUACUUAUUUCUGUUUGCCUUCUUAGUAUAACUACUGCAGUGACUGUUGACAGGUCAGUACGUUGUGAUUGUUCAGAACUUGAUUAAAAUGGUUGUGGUAAAGCUCUAAGUUGGUGCAUAUGGAAUACAAAUGAUAAAGAAUGUGAGGAAUGGGAUUUAGAAUGUGAGGAUUUUUCAACAUCAGCUUCUUGUGAUGUUGUAAGUGGAUGCAAAUGGUAAGAUUCCUUAUGUAAAGAAUGGGAUCCAGAGUGUAAAGAUCUUACAACUUCAGCAGACUGUAAGAAAGCUAGUGAUUGUUAUUGGAAUAAAAAUAAUGCUUGUGCUUCAUUCUCAAAAUGCGAUGACUAUGCUGAGGAUAACUGUCCUUAUAGUAAAGAAUGUACAGUAUCAUCUGGAUCUUGUGUUGCUGUAACAUAUGUAACUUGUUCAUCUCAAUAAAGUGGAACAUGCUCAGGAUACUAAUCAAACACUCAAUAUUGUGCUUUGGAUAAUAGUAAUAGUUGCAAGGCAGUGAGUUACUCUGGUAGUUGUUCUGAUUACAAUGAUUUCACCAAUAUUUGCAACUAAACUGAUGGAUGUUUUCAUGAGGGAUAAACUUGUCGUUAAAGAAAAUGUGCUGACUAAAAUACCUCAAAUGAAUGUAGGCGUAUUUCUUUAGGUGAUAAAAAAUAUCAAUUAUGUUUUUGGAAAGAUAAUAAUGCCUGUGUUGAUGCUACUGAUACCUCUGGUUUAACAGAAGAAACCUGUUAUAGUUCAACCUACUAUAAUUACAAGUGGGAGAGUGGUAAAUGCGUAGAAUGUGAAGACUUAGUAGACGUUGAUUCAGAUAGUAAUGGACUCAUUAUAGGAGCAUUUGUUCUCUUAUCUUUAUUUGCAUGAUAGCAUAUUUUAUUUGGAUAGCAUUAUAGAU